GAUCCUUCCCUCCCUCCUUCCCCUCUUUCUUCCUUCUAUAAAACUUCUUCAAUCAUACAAAUGAAGACACCCUUCCCUCUCCAAACUCUCCUCCAAACCUCCAGAUCUAGAUUCUAUUCCUCACAAACCCAUCGCUCAAUAUCACGUCUGCAAGUGACUCUUCACAAUAUCAACGUUUCUCCUUCAUCUUCCAUCUCCCACUCGGGUCUUCUACCACCCCAACCGCGUAUCACGGGAUCCAACACCUUUUCUCAUUCUUCAUAUCCCCAUUCCCCAUUCACGAAAUCGUUCCAUACAACCGCAAUACGUUGUAACAAGGAUACAAAAAUAGCAAGCAUGUCUUCAUCGGUCUCUUCCUUGGCUCCAGGCAAUACAGCAUUAAUCACGGGCGGCGCCUCGGGAAUCGGAUUUAGUUUUGCGGAAAAAUGUGUAAAGGCGGGUUUGAAUGUUAUUUUGGUUGAUAAUAAUGGGGAUAAUCUUGGGGCUGCACAGAUGUAUUUGAGUCAGUUGAAUGGAGAGGGACAGGUGGUGGGAUUGAAUGUUGACGUUGGGGUUGAGGAGGAGUGGGAGAGUAUUAAGGAUGUUGUGGAGGGAGAUUUUGAUGGCACCCUCCACAUCCUCUUCCUCAACGCCGGAUUUUCCGCCCGCGGCUCCUUCGCCACCCCCUCUUCCUCCUCAUACUUUAGCAAAAUCCUCUCAGUAAACCUCUUCGGCGUCAUAAACGGCAUCAACACGCUGCUCCCCUCCAUAACAUCCCACACCAACCCCUCCUCCAUCAUCAUCACCGGGUCCAAACAAGGCAUCACCAACCCCCCCGGAAACCCCGCCUACAACGCCUCUAAAGCCGCUGUCAAAACGCUCGCCGAACACCUCUCUUUCGAUUUGCGCGAGAAGAAAAACAUCGGUGUGCAUCUCCUCGUGCCGGGGUGGACAUACACCGGAUUAACGGGGAGCGGUUCGCCUUUUAUUGUGAACGCGAAUGAGCAGGAUGGGAAGGUAGAGAAGGCGGGGUUGGAGAAGAAACCCAAGGGAGCGUGGUCGGCGGAUCAGGUGACGGGGUAUUUGCAGGAGAAGAUGGGAGAGGGGAAAUUUUAUAUUGUUUGUCCGGAUGGGGAUGUGAGUGAGGAGAUGGAUCGUAAGAGGAUGGCGUGGGGAGCGGGGGAUAUAGUGCAGGGGAGAUUACCGCUGAGUAGGUGGAGAGAGGAGUAUAAGAGCGAAUUUGAGGAGUUUAUUAAGAAGGAUUUGUGAGGGCUGUGUGGUUGUGGUUAGUAGAGGGGGAGAAUGAGCGGUUUCUAUACAAUCAAAAUUGAAUGGUUAGCUAUUGUUAUUGGUUAUUGAUAUCAAGGUGACGUGAUGCGAUUUGAUAUAUUAUUAUCCAUGAGGUAUCUCAACGAGAUGAGGUGAGACUGAGUCUCAAAGUCUUCACAUCACAUAUCCUACAACAUAUCCAGAAGAAGAAGAAGAAGAAAAGUCCAUCCGUAUCUAUUACAACA